AUGCCAGGGGUGACCGGCUCCUUCGUGGUGGCCGACUACGUGGUGUUUGCCAUGCUGCUGGUUCUGUCCGCCGCCAUCGGGGUUUACACCGGAUGGACCGCCAGAGGCCAAGGAGGCGCCGGACAUUUCUUAACCGGGAGCCGGAAGCUGACUGCUCUGCCUGUUUCUGCGUCCCUCAUCACCACCUUCAUGUCAUCUGUGACGCUGCUCACCAACCCAGUGGAGGUGUACCAGUACGGCGCCAUCUUCGGACUCUUGAGCAUCUCCUACAUUGUGGCCAUCGUCGUCUCGUCUGAGAUCUUUCUGCCGUUCUUCUACAGGCUGAACAUCACCAGCGUCUACGAGUAUCUGGAGCUGCGUUUCAACAGAACAAUCCGUCUGCUGGGAACGCUGCUCUUCAUAGCUCAGGCAAUACUCCUCAAUGGAUUGAUCAUUUACGCUCCAGCUCUUGCUUUAAACCAAGGGGCUGGUACGGAUCUGUGGGGUGUAAUUAUUUCAACAGCCGUCGUUUGUACUCUUUACUGCACCGUGGGUGGAAUGAAGGCGGUGGUGUGGACUUGUGUGCUCCAGAUUGGAGUAAUGCUCGCUGGCAACCUGUCUGUCAUAAUCAAGGCUGUGAUGUUACAAGGAGGAGUCGGCACCAUCUGGUCCGAUGCCCAACAAGGAGGAAGGAUCAACUUGUGGGACUUCGACCCGAACCCUCAGAGGAGAAACACUUUUUGGACCCUCACUAUCGGAGGGGCGUUCGGCUGGACCACCACCUACGGCACCAACCAGGCUCAGGUUCAGACAUACAUCUCCUGCAAGAGCGUCACUCACGCCAGAGUAGCCUUGUACAUCAACCUGUUGGGUCUCAUGGCCGUCUUGCUGUCGUCUGUGUUUGCUGGAUUGUGUCUUUAUUCAGUCUACAAGAGCUGUGAUCCACACACUGCUGGACUGGUUUCUGCCUCUGAUCAGCUGAUGCCGUAUUUGGUGAUGGACAUCUUGACAGGCUACCCAGGCCUUCCAGGACUUUAUUUUGCAGCAGUGUAUAGUGGCACUCUGAGCACAGUUUCAUGCACCAUCAACUCGCUGGCUGCAGUGACUCUGGAGGAUCUGAUCAAACCGUUUACAAGUCUGUCUGCAAAACAACUGUCCAUCCUGUCCAAAGGACUGAGUUUCGUUUAUGGAGUUUUAUUCGUUGCCAUGGCUGGACUGGCAUCAUUCAUGGGAGGGCUGAUGCAGGCAUCUGUCAUCGUCUCUGGGGUCACUCAGGGUUCCAUGUUUGGCGUGUUCACUUUGGGUAUCCUCUGCCCAUUUGCCAACUCCAAAGGAUGUCUGUCAGGUCUUGUUUCUGGGGUCAUGGCGAGUGUUUGUGUGAUCCUCGGGGCUCUGGUUUCCACUCCUACCCCAGAGAUGACCCGUCCUCUGCCACUGACCACAGAGGGCUGCAACUUCACUACCAGCCUCAACUCGACUUUCACUGCUCUGCCAACACAACUGGCUCCCUUUACCACGGCGAUUCAUCGUGGACUAGAUGGUUGGCACUCUAUUUCCUACCUUUACUACGGUGUCAUUGGAACUCUUGUAGCUUUGAUUGUAGGAAUAAUAGUCAGCCUCCUGACAGGAGGCCACAGGGAGAAGGUGGACCCGACGCUGACUUUAAAGAGAGAAGACACGCUUUCCUAUCACCUGUUCAAGUUUCUCAAAGAAAAGUGCAUUGAGUCAUGA